AUAGACAUCAGCGUGGCUGUUUGUGCUAUGCUAACAGUAUAAACAUCGUUGGAAUUGGCUAAUUGAAUGUCCCAUCAGGAAACAAACAGUCGGAAUUGUAGCUGCUGAUGUAAUUAUGUAAUUAUAGAGAGUAUUAUUGUGGACAAUGGACUGCGGUGGAGCUGAAACACUUAGCAUAGCUUACAGAGUUUUCACGUUUGAAGAAAGCAAGCAAAACACACAGGAGUCACUUUCUGUCUCCAUACCCGAGGUCCUGGACCCUCAGUAUGGGAUGUAUGUGUGGCCCUGUGCAGUGGUGCUGGCACAGUAUCUGUGGACACAAAGACAAGAGCUUAGGAACAAGACGGUGCUGGAGCUUGGUGCAGGUGUGAGUCUGCCAGGUGUGUUGGCUGCGAGGUGCGGUGCGCAGGUGAUCCUCUCAGACAGCGCGAAGACUCCGCUGUGUCUGGAGAACUGCAGACGCAGCUGUGAAGCUAAUGGCCUCCGUGACGUGGUGGUGCUGGGUCUCACCUGGGGGGAAAUCUCACCGGAUCUCGUUCUGCUUCCUAAGCUGGACGUCAUCCUGGGGUCAGAUGUUUUCUAUGAGCCUCAAGAUUUUGAAGACGUCCUGGUGACUGUUGCCUUUCUCCUGAGGAAAAACCCCAGAGCUCAGUUCUGGACCACGUACCAAGAGAGGAGUGCUGACUGGUCCAUAGAGGCUUUGCUGCACAGGUGGAAGCUGAGCUGCGUCGACGUUCAGCUGGAAACAUUCGAUGCUGAUAAAGCCGAGCUGGCUGGAUCGAGUCUGCCAGGCAGCCACGGCGUCCUCAUGAUGAUCAUCACACUGAGGACAGACGAUGUCGGACACUAACGGACGAAGACGCUGUUUUAUCCACUCAGAACAACUGAGACUAAUCAACACUGAACAGUGUUUAACUUUCAGGACAGGAAUCAGUGAAGUCUUUAUCACGGCAGAAGGUGCAGAGAGUAAAGCCACUGUAUGUUUACAGAGCAGAGAGACAUUAAACAGAUUUCUGAAUAAAAGGCCACAUUUUCCAUGUUGAAUUAAACAGGAAUUAAAGACUGCUGAUGGAUGGAUGGACAGUUGAUGAAUGAAUGAACUUUUAUGUCACAGAAUGCAGCUCUAAGUACUCGUACACAAAGAGGAAAGUAGAAAAGAAGUUUUACUGUUUAUGAAACAGUUUCUGUAGAGAGAUGGCAGCUGCUAGUCAGACGCUGUGUUCCAGAUGU